UCUCGGUGAAAAUACCGGGUCAGUUCUCAGCGCAAAUCAACAGAAUGGCGACACGCGAACCACUGUCGCCUCGUUCGAUGAAGCGACGGACACGAUCUACAUCGAUGCGACCGGGAUGCUCCCGACCAAUCGCACCAUCGAGACCAACCCGAACAAGAACAGGUUUAUCCUUGUAAACCUGCUACCUGCCAUGCGCCGGGGCGAAUGGGGAUAUGUCGACAACGGAACAACAGUCGAUCUCUAUUUCUGGCCGAUCGAUCCACUCAACGUCGAUGUCAACAUCGAGUAUUCAAGGCGCGGAAGCUGCGUUGAAGCAAAAAGCAGAAGCUUCCUCGAAUUCCGCUCGAUCAUCCUUGAGCGGUCCAGCUCAGCCGGUGCAAAGAAUGACGGGCACUAUGCCUUCAAUGCCGGCAACAGCGUCGGCGCGUCUCCAUACGCAACCGACAUCACACUGGAAAAUUGCUGGAUCCGGGACACCUACCGCUCUGAAAGCAGUUACGCGCCGGUCUGGGCGCGCCAUGUCAACAAUUUCAGGCUGAUCCAGUGCACCAUUUCCGAUGCUGUCAACCAGUUCGGCAUGCAGAUCACCGGACCGUUCUGGAACGAGUAUGACGGGCCUGUUACCGGUGUUUGGAUCGACCGCAACAUUAUCCUGCGUUCAGAUCAAACACCGGAGCGGUGUUACGGCCUGGAACUCUUUAUGGUCACCCGUAACCGGGCGAUUGAUUGCGGACAGGCAGCGCACGCCAACAAGGGCAACAUCUACAACGGCGGGCACAACGGCCUUUGGUGGCACAAUUACUGGUGGGCGUGUCCCGGCUACUGGACGUUCCAGCGCUCGUCCGCUCAGUUCUUCGGCUUCAAUUUCUGCCCUGGCAACACGCUGGAUACAGAUGGCCGUGCGAUUGAGGAUCAGAACUACGAGAGCACGGUUAUCAUCUCGCAGUUGUCACCGGCCACCGGGCGCACGAUCGGCGGCUCACCCACCAACGGCGAUAGCUAUUUCCUCAACAAUAUAUUGCCGCCUUGGAGAAACGCGGCAAGCUACGCCAACGCCAUGUUGGUUGGACGCGGGGCGGAAACAGCCAUUCGCAUGGUUGUGAUGAACAACAUCGCGAACGGGAUCACGCUUCGAAUGGGAAUGGUUGUUGCAGACGGCAUCCGGCGCAAUGUCAUCACCAACGGCACCACAAACGAUGCAACGGACGUUAUCACUCCGUUCGGGGACAUCUUUGAGGACAUUCUAUUGGGCGAUCUUGCGAUCAAGCCUGACAGCCCGCACCUGACCGGCACGUCCCAUCCGAUCAAUGUGCUGCCGGGACAUGACGGCACGCGCAUUCUCUCUGACGUGUUCCCUGACUACGAUGGCUUCGGGGUGGAUAUCGCAGGCAAGCCGAUCGACCUUGCAAACCCGCCAGUCGGCUGUGUGGGAGAUCCCGCAGAUCUUCACCGGUUCGAUCCGGUAUGGAUCGACAGACCAGAACCAACAGGGGCGCCUAUUGUCGGUGGUUCAGUGUCUGCGGAUGACGGUUACAUCAUGGCGUUCGGUCAUUCCUCACGGACCUACCAGUGGUAUCUGGUCGAUGAUGUCUAUGAUCCACGCAUUGACUGGACGCCGAUUUCGGGUGCCAACUCUGCAUCCUAUUCACCGGUUGCGGGGGACAUCGGCAAGUAUCUGGCACGGCGCACAACGAUGGACGGCGUUCCGAUCUAUUCCCUCAUGGAUGCGCCUGUGGCGGCCGCCUUCCCGCUCGGUGAUCCAAUAUCGCUGCUCAAUCCGCGUUCGUCUUCUGAUGUCUCUGUCGGUGCCAACACAUGGUUCGAAACUGCGCAGAUCACGACCUCGAACAAGCCACUUUUGGUUGUCGUCAAUUCAAACAACGUCACGUUUGCUCGCGUCGCUGCCUUCUCUGCCACUAUCGGUGCGGCCGGUCGAAAUGGAGGGGAAGGCACUCCGCUCACGGUCGAUCCGGGGACGGCUCUGCGGACACGCAAUCAGAUAUCGUUUGCCACGAUCCUUGCGCCGGGAACCGGAGCACAGACCAUUCAGGUGAGCAAUGACGACGGUUGGUCCAAUAUUCACGUGUCGGUUUUUGAGAUCGACGGAAUGGACAGCAUUGUCGUCGGUGGCGAGAUCGAGGCAUCCAACCCGCUGAGCCUGUCUCCAGCGAUCACAACGGGACAGAUCAACACGCUCGUCUUCUAUGCGGCCAACCGUUACGACGGCACCGAAGACCCGUUGUCAUGGGAGGGUGGCACAGCGCUCUUGAGCGAGCCGACCGGUGCGGGAGGCGCGUCUACUUCCUUGUGGGCCGCCAUGGCCUUCGAACAGGCUGCGUCGACUGGAAACUACUCGCAGACUGUGUCCUGGCUGUCUCAACAGGGCGCGGCAACGUCCUGUGCGGUUGAGAUCCGGGCUACGGCUUGA